GCUAGUGGUUCGGAUACUCUCGGGCUCCCUGACCUCUGGGAGAGCUGCCCUGGCCGCCUGCGGUUCUGCCCAUGGCCUUCGCCGAGCUCCUGGAGCGAGCAGGGGGAGUGGGCCUCUUCCAGGCCCUGCAAGUUCUCACUCUCCUCCUUCCCUCCAUCUUGUUGCCGUCGCAAACGCUCAUAGAGAACUUCCUGGCCGCUGUCCCAGGCCACCGCUGCUGGGUCCGCAUGCUGGACAAUAGCUCCAAGGCCCCCGCAAACCUCAGCUCUAAGGACCUCCUGACCGUCUCCAUCCCACCAGGCCUCAACCUCGAGCCACACCAGUGUCGCCGCUUCCACCAACCACAGUGGCAGCUCCUGGACCCCAACGCCACGGCCACCAACUGGAGCGAGGCUGCCACGGAGCCGUGCAUGGAUGGCUGGGUCUACGACCACAGCACCUUCACCUCUACCAUCGUGUCGGAAUGGGACCUAGUAUGUGACAACCAGGGCCUGAAGCCCAUGGGCCAGUCCAUCUACAUGGCUGGGGUCCUGCUGGGGUCCGUCUCUUGGGGCUUCCUCUCUGACUGGUUCGGGCGGAAGCCGGUGCUGAGCUGGUGCUGCCUGCAGGUGGCUUUGGCCAACACUGGCAUCAUCUUCGCUUCCAAUUUCCUCAUCUACUGUGGCCUCCGGUUCCUGAGCGCUUUUGGAGUGGCCGGCAUCAUCAUGAUCCCGGUGACGCUCAUGGUGGAGUGGACCACAACCCGCAGGAGGGCCAUCACCGUAACAGUGCUGGGAUGCUCCUAUAGCCUGGGCCAGAUGGCCCUGGGGGCCUUGGCCUUCACCCUGCGGGACUGGCGGGCUCUCCAGACAGCCGUAUCGAUGCCCUUCUUUGUCAUCUUCCUGAUCUCCUGGUGGCUGCCGGAGUCUGCCCGCUGGCUGAUUAUCACGGGCAAACCAGAACAAGCACUCCAGGAGCUCAGAAAAGUGGCCAGGAUAAACGGCCACAAGGAAGCCACCACGUCACUGACCGUCGAGGUGCUCACGGCCAGCAUGGAGGAGGAGGUGGCCUCUGUGAAGGCCCGCAGGUCGGUGCUGGACCUGUUUCUCAUGCCCACGCUCCGCUGGAGAAGCUGUAGUAUGUUCCUGGUGAGGAGUGCUUGGUGCCGGGAAUGUGGAGGGGGCCAUUCUUUCAAAACCUUCAAGGCUUCCUCAGCGCUCCCAGGAGCCCCUCUGCAUCCUUUGUUAUUCAGAUCACAGGCUGGGAAGCUGCUAACCUGUUUCUCCCAAAUGAUCUCCUACUACGGGCUGGUCCUCGACCUGCAAAACCUGGGGAGUGACAUCUUCCUCCUCCAGGUCCUCUUUGGAGCUGUGGACUUACUGGGCCGGGCCACCACCACUUUCCUGCUCAGCUUCCUGGGUCACCGCAUGACUCUGGCUAGCUUCCAGGCCAUGGCUGGCCUCUCCAUCCUGGCCAACAUCUUCGUCCCACAAGAUUUGCAGACCGUGCGUGUGGUCUUCGCCGUGCUGGGAAAGGGAUGCUUUGGCAUAAGCUUAACCUCCAUCAGUGUCUACAAGUCCGAGCUCUACCCAACUACACUGCGGAUGACAGCAGACGGCUUCCUGCAGUCGGUAGGUCGUCUAGGGGCUGUGAUGGGCCCCCUAGUCAGGAUGACUCGCCAGGCCGUGCCCCUGCUGGCCCCCGUCUCCUACGGUGUCAUCCCCAUCAUGUCCAGCCUCAUCCUCCUGUUUUUCCUCCCAGAGACCGGGGGACUCCCACUUCCUGACACCAUCCAGGACCUGGAGAACCAGAGAUCGGCAGCAACCAAGGGCAAGAGGCAAGAGGUGGUCGUUACAGAGAGUACCUGGUUCUAGAAAUUCUGCCUGCACGGAGCCCCUUUGGCUGAAAAUCCCCACGAAGGGAAUUACCUCUUCUCCAGUGGAGGAAGGAGGCAAUUUGGAGAAACCCGAGGGCCUGGCGUGGCCGGGGUCGGGCGGCCGGGCUGAGAGGCAGCAUUGAGGCUGAGGGCUGCUUUCCCACUCACUUCUGUCCCCCACCUCCCCACCCAACCUCAGCUCUGCAGAGUCCCGCCUGUUGAUAAGAUGGGUUCUGUCCCCUCCCUGCCAGGCUCCCAUCUUCACACCUUCACUCAAAACUCCAGACUCGCUUCACUGAACUGGAAGGAAGCUGCAGAUUUUUUACCUCUGAGCUCCCAGAGGGGAUCCUAGGACACAAACGAAAAGAUCUGGACAGACAUGAGUCCCAGCCCCUCCCCCACCAUUUGCAGAGUCCUCAUCUGUAAAAUGGAAAUAAUCACAGAACCUACCGGGCGGGAGUGUGUGUGUGUGU